ACACGUGACCUUCGCAAAAUCGCAGGUCGCAAUCAAGCUGCGUGUGCUCCCCUCCGUGUCCUCGCCCUUCGGUUUGCCGCCCGCCGCCGCCGAGGCCUCCUCUUCGACGGCUGCUCCUUGACGGGUUGACCCCACGGAGGCGGCGCUCGGCGGUGGCCCUGUCAGGGGGAACACAUCCCCGAGCCCAUGGCCAACCGCGACGCUGCAGCUGGCAAGCUCACCGUCGCGGAGACCUUCUCCAGCCUCAGGGAGCAAGGCAAGGUGCGUGCAUUUGAGCCCUCACGUUCGCUUCGUCGCAACCCUUGGGGCCAAUUCACCCGAGCACCCACAUUUCUCUUGCUAUUCCUGAUUGAGUUGCGGGGUUGGAUUGCUGCAGCCGUGGUGGCCAAUACCCAGUGUUGGUCCCGGUUAGUUGCAGGGAAUACCGGCGGCGCCGGACCAACGUACCUGCUGGAGGGCGGCGCCGGACCUACGAACCUGCUGGAGGGCGGCGCCGGACCUUCCUCCACGCGAGAACGGCGGCGCGAGGAGGCUUCACGGCGGCUGCAGAUCAAUCUUCACGACGGCGCGAGGAGGCUUCACGGCAGCGCGAGGAGGCUUCACGCGAGAACGGCGGCGCGAGGAGGCUUCCCGGUCUUCAGGGAGAGGAGAAGAAGCGGCGCCUGCGGAUCCGGAUGGACCAAUCAACAGAAUAGAUAUCUUGAGUAUCAGUCAUAUAUCGUUUAUAUUUUGCAUGAUUGUUUGCAGGUGCUGCUUACAACACCAACCACACCAACAGAUAGGAUGAAGGAAAUCGCAAAAGCUUCAGAAGGAUUUCUCUAUCUUGUGAGUGCUGUAGGGGUUACUGGUGCACGCUCAAACGUAAACUUGCGUGUAGAACAUCUUCUUAGGGAGAUCAAGAAGGUUACAGAUAAACCUGUAGCUGUUGGUUUUGGUGUAUCGACUCCAGAGCAUGUGAAACAGAUCGCAGGCUGGGGAGCAGAUGGUGUGAUUAUUGGCAGCGCAAUUGUCAGACAGUUGUUUGAAGCUGCUAUUCCUGAAGAGGGUCUGAAAAGGCUUGAGGAGUACACCAGGAGUAUAAAGGCUGCUAUGCCAUGAGAUGAUCACUCGCUGCACAGGUCUUCCGCUUGAACCCACCAGUUGGUGUCCAUGGAUGAGGCAGCGUGAUGGCUGAUUGGCUGCACUGAAAACGACAUUUCCUUGAGCCAAUUCGUCUUGCUCUCUUCUGGAGGACUUUCAAGGUCCAUCAGAACGAUCCCAAUGGACCCAGAUGUUGGUGUUUUGGAUAACGGAAAGUCAAUUCUGUCCUCUAUUUAUGUCGGGUCCUUUUAUAGCCUACCCAUAUUUAUGGACUUAUGGUCAAAUCAGUCCCGGAAGUUAACACUUCUCUAAUCCCAAUCUAUGGAAACUUUUCCGAUACUCAUCAUAUCAUGCAUAUUAUUAUUGGUAACAUGUUGGAUGAAUAAAUUCUUUAGCUUUGUCAUGCCAGCAUGAAACGUAUCUGGAUGUGAA